GACCUGCAGAAUGUGAGAGAAUAGGAUACAACAAAGUCUUUGUUACUUCGGCUGCUGAAAUGCAAAAAUCGAAACUGGAUAGAAAUGCACUACUUUCUUCAUUAGCGCUACAAGGUCGACGAUAAGGGCCCAUUUAUUGCUUCAUUGAAAGCUCUAAUUCGCAUGUUGGAAAAAUGAACCCUAUGAAAUUAGGAAAAGUCAUAUUUAACUCUAACUUUACCCACAAGGAUGAUAUUAUGAACCAUAAAAUGGGCGUUAUAAGAGGUGUAGAGCCUGACCUUCCGGAAAAUGAAAUCCUGAAUGUUACAAAAUCUCCCGUUUGUGUAAAGUCGGUGAGGAGAAUUUCAAAAAUUUUCUCUGAAGAAAAUAACCAAGCUCGUAAAGUUACUUUAGGUACUUGUAUUUUGACUUUCGAUUCACAACUGUUGCCCGAAUCUAUUACAAUCUACGGUUCGAGGUGUAAAGUAGAUCCUUACGUACCACCUCUCCGACAAUGUCGCAAAUGCUACCGAUUCAACCAUUUUCAAGAUCAAUGUAGAAGUAAACAAAGGUGUGAAAUUUGCGGACUCACUCACGAUGAAAAAUCUCCGUGUAACAAUUCAAUGAAGUAUGCGAAUUGCUCAGGAAAUCACAAGGCCUCGGAUAAGACUUGUCCUGAAUAUGUCCGCCUUAUUUCAUAGAAAAGACAAAAAGCGAUAUCAUCCACUCUGUAUUCUACUGUUACGUCAAAUAAAUUUAAUUUAUUAGCUAAUCUGUCGGAUUUUCCUCCUCUGGAGCAACCGACUGAAAAUGAACAACCUACACAUAAAAUUC